AUGCAUGAGAUCAUCCAUGUUCUUACACAAGAACGUCUUCAAGUUUGUCUUGUUAAGACAGGACCGACCACCCCGUUCAUUUCGUCGCUGGAACUUCGUCCGUUGAAGAAUAACACUUACGUCACGCAAAGCGGAUCAUUGAAUUUGUUCGCUAGAGUAUUCUUUUCACCCGGUUCAUCAUUCAUCAGGUAUGAUGAGGACUUAAACGACCGAGUAUGGAAUUCAUUCUUAAAUGAAGAAACCACAACGAUAAGCACCGAUCUUCUAGUCGAUACAAGUAACAUCUAUGAGGUGCCUCAACUCGUGGCAAAAACUGCUGCUGUUCCUACAAAUGCUAGUAAGCCAUGGAGCUUAUGGUGGACUCUUGAUGACACCACUGCACAAUCAUAUGUAUACAUGCAUUUCGCCCAAGUCGAGAAUCUAAAAGCCGAUGAAAUAAGAGAAUUCAACAUUACUUUCAAUGGUGGCAACCCUUAUUACAACUGGAUGAGGCCUGAGAAUCUCAGCAUUUCAACGAUAUUCGGUCAAAAGGCAAUAAAUUCUCCCACUGGGAAAUAUAAUUUCACUUUCGAAAUGACUGGUAACUCAACUCUUCCUCCACUUAUCAACGCCCUUGAGAUUUAUACAGUCGUAGACAUUCUACAUCUCGAGACGGAGAAGGAUGAAGUUUCUGUUAUGUUGAACAUCAAGAAGACAUAUGGUUUGAGAAAUAAGGUUACUUGGCAAGGAGAUCCAUGUGUUCCUAAGCUUUAUAGGUGGGAAGGUUUGAAUUGCAGUUAUUCGGACUCCGAGCCAUCGCUGAUCAUAUCCUUGAGCUUGAAGGCGAGCGAGUUAACCGGUACCAUAACAUCUGACAUUUCCAAGUUAACACAGUUGAGCACGUUAGACUUGUCAAACAAUGAUUUAUCAGGAGAGAUUCCAACAUUUUUUGCUGACAUGAAGUUGUUGAAACUCAUAAACUUAAGUGGAAAUCCAAAACUCAAUGACUCCGUUCCAGGCUCUCUUCAGCAAAGGAUAAACGAUAAAUCUUUAACACUAAUUUUAGAUGAAAGCCAAAUCAAAAAAGAGAGUAAAAAGGUUCCAAUGGUUGCUAUCGCAGCACCAGUGGCUGUCGUAUUCGCUCUGCUAGUUAUAUUGGCUAUCUUUUUCGUCGUUAGAAGGAAAAAUGGGAAAAGUACCAAGGCUCCAAGACCCCCAUCAGUCACUCCCGUUAUAGUUAAAAGGGAGACAAGAUCAUCCUCAAUCAUAUCAAAGGACCGCAAGAUCUCAUAUCCCGAGGUAUUGAAGAUGACUAAUAACUUUGAGAGAGUUCUUGGUAAAGGAGGGUUUGGAACAGUCUAUCAUGGUAACUUGGAUGAUACUCAAAUAGCUGUCAAAAUGCUCUCUCAUUCAUCAGCUCAAGGUUAUAAAGAGUUCAAAGCAGAGGUGGAGCUUCUUUUAAGAGUCCACCAUAGACAUUUGGUUGGACUUGUUGGGUAUUGUGAUGAUGGAGAUAACUUAGCUUUGAUCUAUGAAUACAUGGCAAAUGGUGACUUGAGGGAGAAUAUGUCAGGAAAACGCGGAGGCAAUGUACUAACCUGGGAAAACAGAAUGCAGAUAGCUGUAGAGGCAGCACAAGGAUUGGAAUAUCUUCAUAAUGGAUGUAGACCUCCUAUGGUCCAUAGAGAUGUUAAAACUACUAAUAUCUUAUUGAACGAGCGGUCUGGUGCAAAACUAGCCGACUUUGGGCUCUCGAGAUCUUUCCCAAUCGAUGGCGAAAUUCAUGUCUCGACAGUUGUUGCAGGCACACCUGGUUACCUAGACCCUGAGUACUACAGAACUAACUGGCUAAGUGAGAAGAGUGACGUGUACAGCUUCGGUGUAGUACUAUUAGAGAUAGUAACAAACCAGCCUGUGAUAGAUAAAACUCGAGAGAGACCUCACAUUAAUGAAUGGGUUGGGUUCAUGCUUACCAAAGGAGACAUCAAGAACAUCGUUGACCCCAAACUGAUGGGGGAUUAUGACACAAACGGUGCGUGGAAGAUUGUGGAGCUGGCUCUGUCCUGUGUGAACCCGUCUUCGAACAGGAGACCAACAAUGGCACACGUUGUGAUGGAGCUAAACGAGUGUGUGGCAUUGGAAACUGCAAGGAGAAAAGGUAGUGAAGAGAUGUACUCAAUGGUUUCUGUUGACUAUAAUCUCUCUUCUGCUUCUGACUUUGCUCCUGGAGCUAGAUAA